AUGGGGAAAGGAGAAAGUUAUCGCGAAGAGGCGGAUAACGCUCUCACUUAUGAAGGAAGACUGUGUGUGCCCAACGACGAGACACUCAGAAAUGAGAUCAUGAGUGAAGCUCAUGAGACGUCAUACACUACCCACCCUAGAAGUACAAAAAUGCAUCAGGACAUGAAGAAACAAUUCUGGUGGGAUGUCAUGAAGAAGAAUAUAGCGUCGUUUGUAGAAAGAUGUCUGGCAUACUAUGAUGGGCAGUCUAAGAGAACGAUCCAGACUUUGGAAGAUAUGCUAAGAGUCGUUGUGCUCGACCGUGGAGGAAACUGGGAGCUAGCAUUACCGCUCAUAGAGUUUGCUUACAACAACAGUUACCAGGCAACUAUAAAUAUGGCCAUUGUAUUGGAAGAAAUGUAG